UCUCAGGUUGAUGCAGUGUUCCCUCCCACAACUCUGACAUGUAUAUAAACUCUUAGCUCUGCAAAGCCCACUGCCAGUUCUCUUCGUGGACUAACUGCAACGGAGAGGAUCAAGAUGAUUCCCUUCUUACCCGUGUUUUCUCUUCUAUUGCUGUUUGUUGUUAACCCUGCAAACACCAAUGGUCAUUAUGACAAGAUCCUGGCUCAUAGUCGUAUAAGGGGCCGGGAUCAAGGCCCAAAUGUCUGUGCCCUUCAACAGAUUUUGGGUACCAAAAAGAAGUAUUUUAGCACUUGUAGGAACUGGUAUCAAGGUGCCAUCUGUGGAAAGAAAGCGACUGUGUUAUAUGAAUGUUGCCCUGGUUAUAUGAGAAUGGAAGGAAUGAGAGGCUGCCCUGCAGUCAUGCCCAUUGACCAUGUUUAUGGCACACUGGGCAUUGUGGGAGCCACCACAACACAGCGGUAUUCUGACGUCUCAAAACUGAGGGAGGAGAUCGAGGGAGAGGGAUCCUUCACUUACUUCGCACCGAGUAAUGAGGCUUGGGACAACUUGGAUUCUGAUAUCCGUAGAGGUUUGGAGAGCAAUGUGAAUGUUGAAUUACUGAAUGCUUUACAUAGCCACAUGGUUGAUAAGAGAAUGUUGACCAAGGACUUAAAAAAUGGCAUGAUUGUUCCUUCAAUGUAUAACAAUUUGGGGCUUUUCAUUAACCAUUAUCCUAAUGGGGUUGUCACUGUUAAUUGUGCUCGAAUCAUCCAUGGGAACCAGAUUGCAACAAAUGGUGUUGUCCAUGUCAUUGAUCGUGUCCUUACACAAAUUGGUAACUCAAUUCAAGACUUCAUUGAAGCCGAAGAUGAACUUUCAUCUUUUAGAGCAGCUGCCAUCACAUCGGACAUAUUGGAAUCCCUUGGAAGAGAAGGUCACUUCACACUCUUUGCUCCCACCAAUGAGGCUUUUGAGAGACUCCCACGAGGUGUUCUAGAAAGGAUCAUGGGAGAUAAAGUGGCUUCUGCAGCUCUCAUGAAGUACCACAUCUUAAAUACUCUCCAGUGUUCUGAGGCUAUUAUGGGAGGAGCAGUCUUUGAGACACUGGAAGGAAAUACAAUUGAGAUCGGAUGCGACGGUGACAGUAUAACAGUGAACGGAAUCAAAAUGGUGAACAAAAAGGAUAUUGUGACAAAUAACGGUGUGAUCCAUUUGAUUGAUCAGGUCCUCAUUCCUGAUUCUGCCAAACAAGUUAUGGAGCUGGCUGGAAAACAGCAAAGCACUUUCACGGAUCUCGUGGCCCAGUUAGGCUUGGCAUCCGCUCUGAAGCCAAAUGGAGAAUACACUUUGCUGGCACCUGUGAAUAAUGCAUUUUCUGAUGAUACUCUGAGCAUGGAUCAGCGCCUUCUUAAAUUAAUUCUGCAGAAUCACAUUUUGAAAGUAAAAGUUGGCCUUAAUGAGCUUUACAAUGGACAAAAACUGGAAACCAUGGGAGGCAAACAUCUCAGAGUCUUUGUAUAUCGGACAUCCGUCUGCGUUGAAAAUUCAUGCAUGGUGAGAGGAAGUAAGCUAGGGAGAAACGGCGCUAUUCACAUAUUUCGUGAGAUCAUCAAACCAGCAGAGAAAUCUCUCCAUGAAAAGUUAAGACAAGAUAAGCGCUUUAGCACCUUCCUUAGCCUACUCGAAGCUGCAGACUUGAAAGAGGUCCUGACACAACCUGGAGACUGGACAUUAUUUGUGCCAACCAAUGAUGCUUUUAAGGGAAUGACUAGUGAAGAAAAAGAAUUUCUGAUACGGGACAAAAAUGCACUUCAAAACAUCAUUCUUUAUCACCUGACACCAGGAAUUUUCAUUGGGAAAGGAUUUGAACCUGGUGUUACUAACAUUUUAAAGACCACACAAGGAAGCAAAAUCUUUCUGAAAGGAGCAAAUGAUACACUGCUGGUGAAUGAAUUGAAAUCAAAAGAAUCUGACAUCUUGACAACAAAUGGUGUAAUUCAUGUCGUAGAUAAGCUCCUCUAUCCAGCAGACAUACCUGUUGGAAAUGAUCGGCUGCUGGAAAUACUUAAUAAAUUAAUCAAACACAUCCAAAUUAAGUUUGUUCGUGGUAGUACCUUCAAAGAAAUCCCCAUGACUGUCUAUACAACUAAAAUUAUAACCAAAGUUGUGGAACCAAAAAUUAAAGUGAUUGAAAGUAGUCUUCAUCCUAUUAUCAAAACUGAAGGACCCACAAAAACAAAAGUCAAAAUUGAAGGUGAACCUGAAUUCAGACUGAUUAAAGAAGGUGAAACAAUAACUGAAGUGAUCCAUGGAGAGCCAGUUAUUAAGAAAUACACCAAAAUCAUUGAUGGAGUGCCUGUGGAAAUAACUGAAAAAGAGACACGAGAAGAACGAAUCAUUACAGGUCCUGAAAUAAAAUACACCAGGAUUUCUACUGGAGGUGGAGAAACAGAAGAAACUCUGAAGAAAUUGUUGCAAGAAGAGGUCACCAAGGUCACCAAAUUCAUUGAAGGUGGUGAUGAUCAUUUAUUUGAAGAGGACGAAAUUAAAAGACUGCUUCAGGGAGACACACCUGUGAGGAAGUUACAAGCCAACAAAAGAGUUCAAGGAUCUAGAAGACGAUCAAGGGAAGGUCAUUAUCAGUGAAAAUCCAGCCACCAGACAAAAAAAGCUUAUACAACCCUUAGUCAAUAAUCUGAUCUUAGAAAAUUGUAAGAGCCAUGUUGACUUCAGGAACUGAAGCAUCAGUGCCAAGAAGCAAUCAUCAAAUAAUUCUGAACACAAAUUUAUUUCUUUUUUUUUUUCUGAAUGAGAAAAUGAGGGAAAUUGUGGAGUUAGUCUCCUGUGGUAAAGGAACUGAAGGAAAUUACAUGCUUUUUCAUCUUGACGUUAAAAGUUCUGGCUAACUUUGGAUUCCAUCAGAGAAAAUCCUUGUAACCAAAUUCAUUACAAUUCAAAUAGAAGAGUGGUGAAGUGUUAUUACCUUGAGAAGACCGAGCCUUGUAUGUAUGCUAUGGAUACAUAAAGUGCAUGCAAGCAGUUACCUUUCCAUGGGAAACUAAGUUAUAAAAAUAGGUGCUCAGUAUACAACAAAACAUUUUACAUGGAAAGGCUUUGCACAUUUCUAUAAGAGUGAAUUUACUGGUAAACUAUGUUAUUUUUUUACAACUAAUUUUGUACUCUCAGAAUGUUUGUUGUAUGCUUCUUGCAGUGCAUACUUUUUAAUCUCAAACAUUUCAAUGAAACCAUUUUCAAGUAUAAAGAUACUUCAAAUCAGGUAAUUUAGAAAAACUCAAGAUUAAAGUUAAAAAGUGGUUUGGAUUUGGGAACAGAACCUUAUACCUCUUUUAUUGUAACAAGUACUCAUUAAAGGAAAUUGAAUAAAA